AAUAGUAAUCUUACCUAUAUGCCGUUGUAUUGUGUGGAUAUAUAUAUGUAUGUACAUACUGUGUGCACGUUCCAAGUGAGCCGCGAAAUUUUUGUGAGGCGUAACAAUAACCUCGAGACUUUGCGCGAUACACAAAUGGCAUGCAGAUACUGCUGAUAUUGUAUUCAUCUACCAGCGCGGUUUGUGUGUGUGACUCGAAUUUUUGUUUUCAAUCCAAAGCCAGUGUUGAUGUAUAGGUUGUAACUACUAUUUAUCAGUGCUUCAUGGGUAAAGAAAAUUACGAGAGAUUUAUAGUUAAAGAAGGCAUUGAUGAGUGAAUUUUCCCAACUUUCUGAAAGUCAUUACAACAGUGAUGCCGUAAUUAAUAGGUCGAGCAGAUGAAUUUAAUUCGCGCACGCCUUGGUAUAUAUAGAAAAUUUCCGUUCAGAUGAAGAUGAAGCGAAGUAAUAAACUCGACGUUAUUAAUUCAACCGUCGAGUCAUAUCUCAAAAGACGCCGAUAUCAGGAUCCAGAAGUAUUGAAAAAAACCGACAAAGACAACUGCUGUAGCAGUGAAGAAAUGAUAUUGAAUGUCACUGCUGAGUGCAGUGCUUCUCGAGAUAAUUCGUUUGUCUUCAGUGCUAUAAAUAAUGACGUUCUAGCUGCCGAACAAGCUUAUCAAAAGUUAAAACAAUGUAUACUUGGACUGAACAAACCUAGAAUCAAGCAUGAGUUACAAAAUAUUCUGUAUCCCAUUUUUUGCCAUUUGUACUUGGAAAUGCUUAAUACUGGAAAUCGGCAAGCAGCUGUGCAAUUUAUGAAAACAAAUCAAACAGAUUUCUUGUCAGAUAAAGAAAGGGAUUUCUUGGAAGAAUUGUCAAGUGUCUUUUCUACCCAAGACAUCGAAUUAAGACCUUUUGUAAAUGCAUUUAGAACUAAAAAAUAUAAAGUUGAGCUGUCUGAUGCAGCUCAUACUUUAUUACAAAAAUUCCUUAUUAAAGAAGGUCAUAUUAUUAUUAUGCAGGUAAUUAAUAAACACAUCACAGUUAAAAAAAACUUAUCUGGAAUACAACCAAAAAUGGAUGAAACAGAAGAAGUUUGUGACAAAAAAUCACAAAUUACAAUAAAUGGUCAUGUUGACCAGUCAUGCAAUACAGAUGUAGAUAACUAUACAAGGGAACUCCAAGAAGCAAUUCGAUUGAUGCAAAACAGUGCUCAUCAAUCGUUACGAAUAUUUGGAAUAAGCAAUGCUGUUGAUCAUGCAAGUUGUGGUAUACUUUCCCCAAGUAUGAGUAAAUUAUUUGCUGGAUUUGAUACUGCUGAAAUCAGACUCUGGGGUAUUGGCGAUACAGUACUUACAAGACCCACAUUAGUAAAACCCAGUAUUACACUUGCCUGUGAUCCAGAACCUACUUUAAUGGAAAUAGAUGAACAUGAAGAUGAAACUGGAGCAAUAAUAAUGAGAGGACAUUCUGAUGUAAUUCAUGACAUGAGGUACAUUCAGGAGCCAGAAGUGUUACUCACUGUUUCCAGUGAUAAAGAUAUGAGAGCUUGGAGACUUAAUGAUUAUACUUGUGCAGCUACUUACAGAGGUCACAAUUAUCCGGUGUGGUGUAUGGAUACUAGUGCUUUUGAUAUGUAUAUAGCUACGGGUUCACAUGAUAGAACAGCAAAGUUGUGGACACUAGAUAGAACAUUUCCUCUUAGGAUAUAUGCUGGUCAUGAAAUGGAUGUAAAUUGCAUUCGAUUUCAUGCAAAUUCUAAGUAUUUAGCUACGGCGUCUUCGGAUUCAUCCGUCAAGUUAUGGCAAAUAGAUAACGGUAAUUUGUUGAGAUCCUUCUCAAGUACCAAGUCAAUGGUUUUUAGUCUCGCUUUCAGUCCUGAUGGACAUUAUUUGGCUAGUGCAGGUGAUAGUAAAUCAAUAAUGAUAUGGGAUUUGAAUAAAAAUACUAUGCUUACAGAAUUGAAAGGACAUGAAAAUUCUAUUAUGAAAUUAGAUUGGAGUUCGGAUGGUGAAUUUAUCGCUAGUUCUAGUGUAGAUGGCAACGUAUUAAUUUGGCCAACGCAAGAAUAUAUAAAAUUAGGAAUUUCGGAUUCAACUAAUAAUGCACCAAUGUCAAAUCCACAAAACUUCGUGACAAGAUGUAAAAGUAUACUUUCGUUACGUUAUUUCAAAAAUAAUUCUCUUGUAUGUAUUGGUACUACAUAAAUUUUGUUUCAAAAUGUUUUUCUUGAAAAUUGUAUUAGCUAAUAGCCAUGUAUCCUUUUGAAUGGGUACUUCAUAAUCUGAGUGGCUGUGAAAGAAGUUCUCAUCUAUUUGAUUCUCCUUGUAAAUAUAACCAGUAUAUUGCCCAACUCAAUAAGAUGCAUUUUAUACAAAAAUUUGAGUGAAGAGUUGGCAUUAUGAUGCUAAGAAUUCGAAGUAGUUUCAACAUUUAAAAGUAGAUUAUUAAUAUUUUGCAAAUAAUAAAUAAGUCUUGAUACUGGCGAAAUAAUUCAAGUGAAUUUUGAAUGUUUUACUGUGCAUAGUUAUUAUUUUUUUUUAAUGGUAUAAUACUCUAUCCCGAAUUAUCAUCGGAAAAAGUUGAAAAUAAACUGAUGUAUAUAUACCACUUUUUGGUGGUUUAACUUUUUGUAUUUUACUUUACUACGUUCGUCCUGGAGACGAAAUGAACUUAAUUAAGAGAGCUCCAAGACUCAAUAUUUUUCUGUAUUCCUAAAGAUUUUUUAGAUAGCGUAAGUAAUUUUCGUUAUGAUAAAAAUUUACAUGAAAAUAAACUGUAAAAAGUUCUUUAAAUUAUCUUCUAUCCUUUGUAUAGUAAAAUAGGAUUCCCAAUGUGUAAAUUAUGUGGCAU